AUGGCAGAGCGAGAAGUCAGCGCUCAUGAGUUCAACUUUGAUAUUUUGCAGCAGCAAGUUCGGACGCUGUGGCGAACUGUGAAGCAGCUGCUGUAUCCGCCUCUUUUGCCUCUUGAAGGCGGAGUCUCCGAUAUUCCCCUGCUGCAAGGCGGUGUAAGGCAGCUGGAUGCCUCUGUCCUCAAGCUGCAGCUGCCUGAGGCUGCUUCGGAGGAUACAAGUCCAUCCGUUGGAGAGCCGUUCAGCCCCAGACGAUUGGAGCUGGCAACCGAACAGUACAUUGACGCGGUGCUGAAACGAGAGGGGCCUCGAGGGCUCAUGUCUACGCGUAGCGCUGAGCGUCCAGCGAGAGCGCUCUCUAAGGCUUCCAAGCCUCUCGAUCGACGGAUCAUCAACCGAUUUAUCGGGGAAUGGGAGUUUGAUCGAAGCAGAAGCACGAGCUUCUCGCCAGUGUCAGAGCAGUUGGGGGUCUCGUGGUUCAUCCGCAACGCUGUAGAAAAGCUGAACCCGACUGUGCAGUACGCGCUUAUUGAGGAGAACGGGCAGCUGGAGUUUGCCAUAACGACCACACUGACUGCGGGCAUCUCAAAGACUGUGCGUCUAAAUCUGAGCGGCGUUGAUGUGGAGGCAGAAGACGAAGAUGUGGGGGCCUGGAAGAGCGUCACGCAGAUUGACGGUGCGGUCCUCAAGACCACCCAGCGCAACGAGCAGCAAAAAGCAACUCUCUAUGAGACAAGAGAAAUUAAGUCUGAAGGCGAAGGUACGCAGUCGGACGCCCUUUGGUAUAAAGUAGUACUGCGAAAAGAAGGCCUCGAAAACGAGGUUUCUUCAGUUCGAGUUUUCAAGCGGAUCUCGGGGCCCCCCAGUGAACCAUAUGCUGGAGGGGAGCAUGCGGCAGCCGCAUCAGAAGGAUCCUUAUCUACUGCCUCCUCCCCAGCAAAGGCACUCGACGGAGACGAAGGCCCACAGCAGCUUCCCGCAUGGCACGCCUUCAAGCCUAGGAAAGCUGUGAGCUCCGAAUUGCAGUGGAUUGUGGAUCACCUAGACGAUCCAUCCGCUUUCAAAAAAAUCGGAUGUCGGGGAUAUGAGACCUUUAAGUGCGAACAGUACAAGUUCCACGUGGCUGCUGGACAGCGCAUCACCUCGGGAGAUGCCGUGCCGGUACUAGGCGCUGGGCGGAUCAACUUGGGAAAGGUGGACUUUCAAAAAUGCAUCGAUUAUCUUUCGAAACCUGAAAACAAAAUGGAGUUCGAUUCCGCAACCAGCAAAGUCGUUACCAUUGCCACCGACGGGAACUUCUCCCUUGUGUACCAGGCUUUUAAAGGCCAGUGGGGGUUUUCAGGCCGAGAAUUUGUCAUUGCUUGUUGGAGUACCAAGGUUGAUGAGAACCGGAUGAUUUUGAGUUGCGAGUCCGUUGAUUGGACAGAGAGCAUCGAGGGUCAAAUACAGGGUCUCGUGAGGGCGAAUCUGCACCUCGCCGGAUAUGACAUACAGCGACAGUCCAAUGAUGACGUCGUGCUUACAUUCUGUGUACAGGCGGAUUUGAGGACGGCGGGGGUUCCUGAAUGGAUAAACAGCAGGGUGAAGGCUGAGCAGCUGACGGUGGUGAAGAGCAUUAAAGACCGAAUUCUCAAUCUUUAA